CUCCUCAUACUACGCUGACUUUCCACAAUGAAACCAGUUUACCUCCUGUUAUUGGUCGUGACCGUGGUGCUGGCCGCUAAAAGAUACAACCCCAACGGCACUGAAGUCAUCGAUCUGAACAACUCCUUACAACUGUUCGAAGAUUUCAUCAAGAAAUACAACAGGCAUUAUAAAUGUCCAUUCGACAAGUGGAUUCAUUAUCAAGCUUUUUAUAAAAACCUGGUGGAUAUUAAUAGAUGGAAUGCAGAAGUGCCCGCUGGCGGUGGCCGUUUUGAGAUCGGCUCGUUUUCCGACUAUACCGAAGCAGAGCAGGAACAACUACAUGGUUAUAAUCCAGCUAAAACUUUGAGUUAAAAGUUUGAAAGUAUA